GAGUAUUUUUCAGAGAGGAGGAUCUGGUCGCCGCAGAGAGGGGUGGUGAUAUCUAAGGUGCUAUGGCCACCCCCUGACUGGCUGACGGUCGCAGUUAGCGCGCUGUCACGACGGAGCACAUUCUGAGCUUAGGGCUCAGAUUUUAUUUUUGGACUGCCAUGGAGACUGGCCCUUCCAUUUGUAGGAAGGGGGUAUAGUUGCGCUCAACAUGAGCCUUCCGCUCUGACACUCCGGGCUGGGACAAGCAGGCAGCAGCCGGCCGACCCCCAAGCAGCAGUCACACAGGGGACUCCCCUGUCCGGCGUGUUUUUCAACGGUAGUAAGCAUUACCUGUAUAUUAUGACCACUCUAUGGAACAUGAUGGUCUUCUCCGUUUUGCUCUAUGACUCCAUUUUGCCCACAAGCGCCUUGGGACUUGUCUGAAGUUGGUACAGUUGAUCUGCCAACUUCUGUCUGUAGCAUCUGAACAGUAUGGGAGACACACUACUAUGUGCAAAGGGGGUUAAACUGCUCAUGGCUGCCAGUUAUAGCAAUGUCACUGAACCAGGCCUGCUGUCCCAGCAGUACCCUCCAGCUCUACUGCCCAAGCCUGGCAAGGAAAAUGUUAGACUCCAGAAACUACUCAAGAAAACUGAGAAAAAAAUCAAGAAAAAAGCUGCCCCUGAAACGGCAAAGACACCGGUCCCUUUCCGCUCAAACCUCUCCCCUGUGAAUGAAGCAAGCCCUGACUUGGAGCACAGUGACCACUCAACCCCUCCUAAAACCCCAGAGGCACCCUUCUACACACAGCACCCCAGAUUCGCUGUCAGGCCAUCCUAUCGGCAUGUGCCAUCCCCUUACCCGCAACAAGGAGCCACUUUUGGUGGAACAACAAGGUUCUCCCCAAAGCCAUAUGCUGCACCAGCCCCCACCUUCCCCCCGCAUGUGGCCCCACUCUACACAUUUACUCCAACAGCCCCAUCACCCAUUCCAGGGCCAGUCUCGCAUGCAGUGGCACCCACAACGCCUGUGCCAACUUCCUCUGUGCCUGAAGUGACAAUGACAGCUGCUGCUCAAAUUGCUCCUCCAGUCCCUGCUCCAGUUGUUCUUGUCACAAUCACUUCUGCUGCCACACAACCUACUCUGCGACUAGCCCCAGUAGUAAUACACCGCAAAAGUCCAAGUCCACGGUUUAAAGCUACUGAAGCUACACUAAAAGCACCCAAACCAAUGUUUGAUGUCCGUCAAAUUCGGGUAUAUACUGCAUCUAAGUCCCCCCUGCAUGAUUACACGGGAAAGACAUUUACUGCAGACACAUUACCUCGGAGUAGAACACCCACAUCAGACAUCAGAAGGGUAAUAACACCAACAGCUGAAAUCAGAAGAAGUGCAACACCGGCAUCUGAAGUGAAAAGCAAUUUAACUUCGACAUCAGAAAUCAAAAGGGUUGCAACGUCUAAAAUGAAUCAAGGUACAACGCCGACAUCGGAAAUCAAAAGAAGUUUAACACCGACACCAGAAGUCAAAAGGAGUGCAACACCUACAUCUGGGGUAAAAAGAGGUUUAACGUCCAGACCUGAAAUCCAAAGGAGUGCAACGCCUACAUCUGAAGUGAAAAGAGCUAAAACACCAACUCAUAACUUUUUAACACCAAGAACUAAUUUAGGUCGACCUAAGACACCCUCAUAUCAUGUGUCCCGUGCCAAAACACCUGUUAUUGAAAUAUCAAGACCCAACCCACUUUUAUUUGCUGUCUCACCCAUUACAAUAGAUGCACAUAGAUCUAAAACACCAACACCUGGUUCUAAUUCUGCCAAUCCAUCUUUGUCUGGUUCUCAAAAUCUGCCAACGUCUGAGCCUUCAAAAUCACCAUCAACUAGUCAUGGUGCAAGAACUCCAAAUGGGGAAGUGACAUCAAAAGAGACUCCUACAGCUAAAUCACCUCCUGAAAACACUUUAAAACCAGAGGCUCCUCGACAAAAAGCUCCAAUAGUUGAGUCUACCAGAACAAAGACCCCUACAGCUUCAUUAGGCUAUCAAAGACCAAAGACCCCAACAAAUGUCACACCAACUCCUACAGCACCCUCAUAUCAAAGACCCAAGAUUCCAACCAAAGAAACACUAAAGCCUACAGCACCCUCAUAUGAGUACCAAAGACCCAAGACUCCAACAAUUAUCACACCAAAGCCUACUUCACCCUCCUAUCAAAGACCCAAGACUCCAACAAAAAAAACACUAGAGCCUACAGAACCCUCAUAUGGGUAUCAAAGGCCCAAGACUCCAACCAAUGAGACACCAAAGCCUACUGCACCAUCAUAUGGAUAUCAAAUGCCCAAGACACCCUCGAAUGAAGAGCCUAAACCUAUGACUCCAACAAUCGGGUAUCAAAGGUCAACAACACCAGUAGUUGGGUAUCAAAGACCACAACCACCAGCAGGUUAUCAAAGACCAAAGACUCCCACAGCUGGGGUAUCAUCCAUAGGAUUUCAAAGGCCCAAUACACCAACAUAUGUGGCCCCUAAACCAAGCCAUACAUAUUAUGGGUUAACUCCUGUUGCAUAUGUUGCCCAUGGUGGAAUCCAACGUUUCUCACCUUCAUUCGGCAUAUCCAGGUCUAAGACCCCAGCUCUAGAGGAAUCUAAAACCACAACGCAAGAGUUGGAAGCAUCUAAAAUACCUACCCAAGUGUUACUUGUAAAAACACAUCCUUUGCCCAUGGUGUCCAACCAGGAAGCAUCCUCCACAGAAAAAAUCACUUUAAAUGAGGCCAUAAUAUCCACGACUCCAGCAGUGAAGCUUCUGCUUCCAAUCAUUGUUGUUGCACAAGCUGAAGAUGUCUCAGAACCAAGCGUAUCCACAGCUGUGACCAGCAAAAUGACAACUCCUGUUCCAGAAACACCAAAGGUUAAAACUGUGGCCAGCACAAGACCAUGGGCUAAAUCGCCAACACCUGAGGCUAAGAAACCAGAGGUUAAAACCCCAACUUAUGGAGUCAUCCCAAAACCCAAGACACCCACCACAGAAACCCAACACCCUGUGCCUUCUGCUGCAAACAAAGAUGCAAGCAAGACAAUACCUCCUGUCUCAAACACAGAAUCUCCUGUGGCUAAAGCCAGGUUACAACAAAAAGAGUUAAAGGAAUCACCAGACCCUAAAACGCCCACCAAAGCAACCUCUGAGUCUAAACCGGCAGGGACAAAGCUGACUACUUCUUCUCCACUUGGAAAGACCUCAGCUCCUGAGAAGCCUUUGGUGGCUGUUCAGUCUCUGGCUAAACCAAAGGAUAACCAGGAAGCCCAACCUGAAAAGCUGGUAUCAGCUCCAACCACACCCUCAACAGAGAAGGAAGAGGGAAAAGACUCUUUCCCAGCAGCUGCACCUCUUCUUAAAGUGAUCCAAAAGCCAAAGGGCAUGAUGAAGUCUAAACUUAGUGGUUGGUCACGGCUCAAGAAGCAUAUGGUGGUGGAAGAAGAACCACCUACGUUCCCAGAAUCAAAUCCUAUGAAAGACACCGCAAAUGGAACUGAGCAGGAGGGAGGUGAAGCGAAAAAGGAUGAAAAGGUGUCAUUUAAAGACAUGGUGGCAGCUGUAACGGCUGACGAUCCUCCCAAGGCAGCAAAGAAGUGGGAUUCUCUUCUCUUCGAUAUGUUCUCCUCUAAAGAGAAGAUUAUGCAGGUGAUUGAAGCUAGCAAAAGUGAGGAGGAGAGAAAAGAGCAGCCAAAGGAUGCACCAAAAGAAAUUCCAUCCUUCGCGCAUCGUCUGCCUGUCCUCCUUUUCAGCCCAAAGUUUGAUGCCAAAAGGCUAAGAGAGGCUGCAUCAAGGCCACUUACAAAAAUUUCGACAGUGUUUGAGAUGGGUCUCAUAGGGCGUAAAAAUAAAGACGAGGAACCAAAAGAUUUUAACAGAACAGCGAGAGGGUUCACUUGUCCUUAAACCAUGUCUCUUUGGACUGGUAAAGAUGAAACAGAAGAACAUUUUGAAAAAUUCUGUUAAAUGUUUUGUGUACAGGUGAAGAAAUAGUAGUUAUAAUGUACAGGUCCUGUGUAAUAGUCUCUCUGCUUGACACAGGGUACAAUAUUUAAGACAGUCUCUUAGAGAAUGUGGUCUGAACUUUAUACUUGAGCACUGAUUGUUCUGUUGUCUGACUACGUUACAGAUGUGUCUGAAUGUCUCUUUCUCUGACAGUAUGAAAAUAUUACCUUGAAAAUCAGAGCAUAAGGAAAAAUAUAUUUUUGUCUUAAAGGAAUUCAGACAUCUCCUGAGAUUAAAAUGUACAAAGAUUAAGUAAAUCUCAGAGCUUCUUUUCUGUCCACUGUUAAACCAUGAUAGGAGAAUUAAUGACUUUUUCAGACCUCCUCACAUCUUUUUUUUUCAAAAGUGGUCCUGAGACUGCAGUGUAAUGUAUUUAGGACUGUACAGUAUAUUGAUGCAGGAUUUGGUUAUCUGAAGAAAUUUUACUCCAGGGGAUUCAGAGUAAUGUAACCAAAUAAGGAUGAAAAAAUGAGGAGAAUAUAAAAGUAGUAGGAGUGUAUAUUUCUCCAAAUGGUGCUAUUUCCGUACGUUUUUCAAAUACACUUUAGAUAUUCAGCCGCUUCUUAAAAGUUAGAAUGUUCGAUUAGACUGCAUAUGCUUAUGCCAGCUUUGCCAUCUUCAAUUUUUGGAGUACAGGUCAGUGAGAGUGUUAUUUGAGAUUUGCUAACUCCUGGGGGAUGAGGCAACUCUAUGAAGGAAGUGUUUUACUGUUGGCAUGGAUGGAUGAGGGGUCAGGGGGAGGCCUUGUGGGAUAUGGAGGCAAGUGAUGAUAAAGGCAAAGAAAAAUGUAUACAGUAAGUACUUAGGGCAGAUUCCUAAUUUGAGAUCCACAAAUUUCCCAUUGACAUCAAUGCAGGAUUAACGUGAAAGUAAAAUUUAGCAUGUUUCACAGAGUUUUCAAAUACGCAGCUUUCAAACGAGGGACCCAGAAGAGUCAAGAGCUGAGAGUGACAUUUGACCUUAAGGUUCUCUAGGUUCGUCAGCUUGUUAUUGAUGCUUUACGUUUGUGUUUCAUGCAUGGACUAUAUAAAAAGAUUAAGAACAUUGUCUCCUAUUGACAGAGUGAUGUUCAACCAUUUUGCAAUCUGAUGUUUAUCUGUAUAAGUGUACAGUAAAUGUUAUUUUCUAUAUAUUUUUUGAUAAAAGAGAAAAUAAAAUAAAAACUUGAAUAGGAAAAUGCUGAUUUUGGUUUAUGUUUGACAUAGAAAGUUCAUCUUGAACAUCAGAAUGAAAUAGAGAAAAUGUAUUCUGUAGUGAAGAUAAUGGGCAGAGCAAGGUCAAGGGCAAAGCUAUUGCCUUAUUGGUGUUUGAUAAAAGCAAUAUUAUUGAAUUGUAGCUGGUAUUUUGUAGAUAUAAUUGUUGGUUUUUAUCUGCAGGACCAGCAGAAUAAAAAGGUGUUUUUUGCCUAAGAAAA